GGGGGCUGGCGGGCUCUGGAAGCUUCCGCCGGACGGGUAUAUAGAGUCCGGGACGGGGCGGCGGCGAAGCCGGGGUGCGGCGACAGCUGGGUGGUGGGCCGCAGGCGGGGGCUAUGGGCAAGGACUAUUACCAGACGCUGGGCCUGGCCCGCGGCGCGUCGGACGAGGAAAUCAAGCGGGCUUACCGCCGCCAGGCGCUGCGCUACCACCCGGACAAGAACAAGGAGCCCGGCGCCGAGGAGAAGUUCAAGGAGAUCGCCGAGGCCUACGACGUGCUCAGCGACCCGCGCAAGCGCGAGAUCUUUGACCGCUACGGGGAAGAAGGUCUAAAGGGUGGUGGCCACAGUGUUGGGAGCAGUGGUGGUGCUAACGGUACCUCUUUCAGCUACACAUUCCAUGGAGACCCUCAUGCCAUGUUUGCAGAGUUCUUCGGUGGCCGAAAUCCCUUUGACACCUUUUUUGGGCAGCGGAAUGGGGAGGAAGGCAUGGACAUUGAUGACGCGUUCUCUGGCUUCCCCAUGGGCAUGGGUGGCUUCACCAACGUGCAGUUUGGCCGUUCCCGUCCAGCCCAAGAGCCCACCCGAAAGAAGCAAGAUCCCCCCGUCACCCACGACCUUAGGGUCUCGCUUGAAGAGAUCUAUAGCGGCUGUACCAAGAAGAUGAAAAUCUCCCAUAAGCGGCUGAACCCCGAUGGAAAGAGCAUUCGCAAUGAAGACAAGAUCUUGACCAUCGAAGUGAAGCGGGGGUGGAAAGAAGGGACGAAAAUCACCUUCCCCAAGGAAGGCGACCAGACCUCCAACAACAUUCCAGCUGACAUUGUCUUUGUUUUAAAGGACAAGCCACACAAUAUCUUUAAGAGAGAUGGUUCUGAUGUCAUUUACCCAGCCAGGAUCAGCCUUCGGGAGGCUCUGUGUGGCUGCACAGUGAACGUACCCACUCUGGACGGCAGGACCAUACCUGUUGUGUUCAAAGAUGUCAUCAGGCCUGGCAUGCGGCGAAAAGUUCCUGGAGAAGGCCUCCCCCUCCCCAAAACGCCCGAGAAACGCGGGGACCUCGUUAUUGAGUUCGAAGUAAUCUUCCCUGAAAGGAUUCCCCAGACGUCAAAAACCGUACUUGAGCAAGUUCUUCCAAUAUAGUCACCUGUGUUUCCCAAGGACUGACCAGGGACCUUUCCAGAGCUCAAGGAUUUCCGGACCGUUCCACCAGUUGUGGACCCGUGAGAGGGCGGGAGGGCCCAGGGAGGGCUUUCGUACUGCUGAAUGUUUUCCAGAGAAUAUAUUACAAUCUUUCAAAGUCGUGCACUAGACUUAAGUGGUUUUUCGAGCGAUAGGGCGGCAGGUGGUGGGGACAGCAGGAGAAGGCAUUCCAGUCUGUCACACUGGUUCCUGCAGCCCUCCCGGGAUGGGCCCACACCCUCCUCCAGGCCCUGCCCAUGGGCGAGAGAGAGGCAGACCCACAGCUGGACUUGAUGCGUCUGUAGUCCCUUGACUUGUGGCUGUUAGGUGGUGUCAACCUGCCGUCUUGGUUACCAGACCCUGUACACGCCUCAGUUUCUGUUGUGUGAUCGGUUCGUGUUUUAUUCUGUAAAAUAGUCUCCCACGUCUUGCUCUUCCCCUGAAGAAUCCUAUUUUCUCUUUUUGCCAUCUCAAAUUGAGAACCAACUUAGAUUGUUUUUGCAAAACUGCCCGGCCGGCGCCCACAAGCAAUACCUCUUGUUCCAGCAAGACCAAGGGAGCCAGCCUUAUGUGAAUGAGUUGCAUAGACACUUCUCCCUGGAGGGUCAGGGGCCCUGGACAGAGCAGGGGACCUUCUCGACCCCUGACUCUGAGGCCGAGUGCACUCACUUAUGGGUCACACUUUUUAUUUUUUAUUUUUCUUUUAUCUGUAAGGCAAUUUUUUGGCACACCUGGGGCUUACAGGUGGCCCAGGUGAUUUUUCAUUUAAUGAACUCUGGACUCUUUCAAAAGGAUCUGAUCCUUUUGAAUUUUGCACAGCUCUAGAUAUAAUCCCUUUUGAUAAAAGGGUCUUUGCUUCUGAUUGCAGGAGCACUGUGGAACGUCUGUAAAUAUGUUUUUAUAAUUCUGUGUAUUGUUGGUGUGUCCUCAAAGGAAACCAGUCCACGGCAGCUGCUGCUCUCUGUACAGGGCCACGAUGGAAUUCAGAAGGAACCUUGGGAGUUGGGAGGGGGGCCGGGUUGGAACAAGUGUCUGUUCCCUGCAGGCCAGUCUGGUGCUCAGACCUUCAGACUCAUUGUAAGUUGCCACUGCCAACACGAGACCAAAGCGUGUGACUUGUCAAUGUGCAGCACGACAGCAUUAAAGACUGAUGCUAAACCUCA